AUGGGCGUUCGUCAAAAUCCGUGGACUCCUACUAAGAGACGUGGCCCCAUUGCUGCUGAAGCCGCCAGUCCUGGACCAGCUGUUGUGUCUUUACCUUCUCUAAUCGGUAAACCUCCACCUGAGUCUAGAAGACCCCGCGCUCCAGCUUUUACAUUUGGACACAAAUUGGAACCUUCUGGUAAAGAUAAAGCCGGCCCUGGACCCGCUUCCUACAAUACAGAAGGCAUGACAGCUAAAGCGCCAAACGAAUAUUCUAUGCCUCCGGUACUCGGUGAGGCACGCGAAGGAAGUAAGCGAGCGGCACCAGCUUUUAGUAUAACUGGUCGUGGUAAAACUAUCGAAACUAAAUCACCUAUGCCAGGACCUGGUACAUAUACUACGGAUAAAGCAGCUUCUGUGAUAACUAAACGGCCUCCAGCGUACACAAUGGCGCCUAGAAGAGAACUAAAACACCCUUCUGCCGCAGUUCCUGGACCAGGGGUCUAUUGUCCUGAAAAAGGUGAUGCAGUACUGCUCGAAAAGUCUUCAAAGUAUAGACUUUCAACUAAAACUAAAAUAGAAAAAAUCAAACAAGUACCAGCACCUAAUGCUUAUAAGCCUGAAAAGGCAGAUAGGUUUUUACGAGAGAAAUCUCCAGCAUUUACAUUUAGGACAAAAUCUGAAAUUAUUAAAGUACAUCAUGCACCCGCACCUAAUGUUUAUUCCCCUGAGAAAUCUUUGCACGCGCUGAAAAACGGGCCAAAAUAUACUCUAGCAGGGAAAGGUGCCGCUGAAAAACUUGAACUUACACCGGCGCCGAACUCUUAUAACCCACAAAAAGCUGACAAAUUACUACAUGAAAGUUCACCUGCUUAUACGCUUAAAUCUAAAGAUGUUCAUGUAAAAUUUGAAGAAACGCCAGCUCCUAAUGUAUAUGCCCCAGAGAAAUCUAUGCAUUUAUUAAAUGGUGGCCCGAAAUUUACUAUCAAAGGCAAGGGCUGUGAAAUUAAAAAGGAAGUAACGCCCGCCCCUAAUAGCUACAAUCCAGAAAAGGCUGAUAAAGUUUUACAUGAAAGCACACCAAUGUACUCGUUUAGAAUUAAAGAACAAAGUACUAUUAGGAGCGAGUCACCUGCACCAAAUGUAUAUAAUCCAGAUAAAGCGGACAAGAUUCUUCAUGAAUCUUCUCCAGCUUAUACUUUUAGACCUAAAGUUGGUGUUAAUAAACCUAGCGAUACUCCCGCGCCAAACAUGUACGAUCCGCGGCUGGUAGACGAAGCACCCAAGUUCAGUAUGUAUGGUAAAGGCCCAGACGCAAAACCAAAUGACACCCCAGCGCCUAAUGUAUACGAUCCACGGUUAUUAGAUGUUACUCUAAAAUUCACUAUUAGUGGUAGAGGUCAACAAGGAAAACCUUCAGAUGUUCCUGCUCCUAAUGCUUAUAAUCCUCAUUUACCGGAUGACUCACCAAAGUUUUCAUUGACUGGUAAAGGCAAAGAUAGCAAACCAACUGAUACUCCAGGUCCUACGAAUUAUGAUCCUCAAUUAUCGUCAAAUUCGCCAAGAUAUACUAUGUGCGGUAAAGGUCCGGAUGGAAAAAUAUCUGAUGUUCCCGCGCCAAAUGCUUACGACCCUCAUUUACCAGAUGACUCACUAAAGUUUUCAUUGGCUGGUAAAGGCAGGGAUAGCAAACCAUCUGAUACUCCAGGUCCUACGAAUUAUGAUCCUCAUUUACCCUCGAAUUCUCCAAGAUAUACUAUGUGCGGUAAAGGUCCGGAUGGAAAAAUAUCUGAUGUUCCCGCACCAAAUGCUUACAACCCUCAUUUACCAGACGACUCACUCAAGUUUUCAUUGGCUGGUAAAGGCAAGGAUGACAAACCGUCUGAUACUCCAGGUCCCACUAAUUAUGAUCCUCAUUUAGCCUCAAAUUCUCCAAAAUAUACUAUGUGCGGUAAAGGUCAUGAUGCAAAAAUAUCUGACGUUCCCGCACCAAAUGCUUACCAUCCCCAUUUAUCGGAUGACUCACUCAAGUUUACAAUGGCUGGCAAAGGCAGAGAUAGCAAACCGUCAGAUACCCCAGGCCCCUCGAAUUACGAUCCUCAUUUAGUAUCAAACUCUCUAAAAUAUACUAUGUGUGGUAGAGGUUACUCUCCCAAAAUAGAAGAAAGCCCAGGUCCAGCAUCAUAUAGCCCUAACUUACAAAAUAGCAGUCUUAAGUAUUCCAUGUAUGGAAAAGGAUUUGAUCCGAAACAUUUCAAUGUUCCUGCGCCGAAUGCCUACGACCCGCACAUUCUGGAUGACGCACCAAAAUUCACAUUAACAGGAAAAGGUGUUACCGGAAAAAUAACGGACAGUCCCGCUCCUAACACAUACUGGCCUGAGAAAGGCGAUAAAGUUAUUCAUGAAAACUCACCAGCAUUUACAUUUAGACCUAAAAUUUACUCUGGAAAGAUUCCGGAUACACCAGCCCCUAACUCUUACAAUCCGGAAAAAGCGGAUAAAGUUAUUCUGGAGCAUACUCCCGCAUACACGUUAUCGCCUAAGGGGAAAGAUAAUAAAAUAAGCGACACACCCGCUCCUAAUGUUUAUAAUCCGGAAAAAGCAGAUAAGAUAUUGUUAGAUAGCGCUCCAAGAUACUCGUUCAGGAUAAAAACAAAUCCGUUCAAACCAGAUGUCGUUCCAGCACCAAAUAACUAUAGUCCAGAUAAAGCAGAUAAAGUGUUGUUGAAGAGUUCUCCGCAGUACACUUUCAGGAUUAAGCCUGAAUCGUUAAAACUUGUGGAUAGUCCAGCUCCAAAUGCUUACACAAUACCGAACUUAACCAAGACGCCCCUGUACACGAUAUCGGGCAGACACAAAGAGCCGAUCGACGAAAGACUCAAAGUCCCGGCCCCCGGCGCUUACAAUCCUGAGAAAGGAUACAAUUUUGUAUUAACAUACUCGCCUCAGUAUACCUUCGGUGUGAAAAUACACACGGACAAAUAUUCAGAUUCACCAGCUCCAAAUAGCUACCGCAUCCCGUCGGUGUUGGACUCGCCGGUGUACACGAUGACGGGGCGCCCCAAGCCGCAGCAAGACGACCGCGCGCGACAACCCGCGCCCGGCACUUACUCGCCCGAAAAGUUCCAGCAAAACAAAACACCGCAAAUAUCAUUCGGAAUCAAACAUUCUCCACUACUAGGACAGCUUAAACCCACCGAACAGCGAAAUUCCGUAGACACUCAAAGUCAUACCGUCGUCAAGAAGACCCAACAAGUGACUGAUAAUAGAAACGAAAACACUAACAAUAAUGAUGCAUACGAACCGAUUAACGGACGACAUUCUGUAGCCGAAUCAAUCGAUUCAAACAUCGAUUCUCACAGAACUAACAGAACUAAUGUAACGCAUGUGAGAACUCAAAACGAAAUAAGAAGUACAACAGCCACACCCGAACCAAUAAGAGACACGCUAACACAAGAAUUAAUAUGGGUUCCAGAACGCAGAGGAUCAUAUACAAUAGAUAACACAGAUGGAAACGGUUUCAUAGAACGUUAUGAAGAAAACGAAGUAAUACCUACUGAUAAUGGAGCUAUACAAGUGUUUGAUAAAGGAGAAAGGGGUGCAAAUAGCAGUGAAGUGAGAAAUACCGAGGUCAUACAUAAAGAAGGUUAUACACAAAACGUCGAUACUCAAAUAAAUAAAGCGAACGCACACGAAGCAAAUGUGAGGGCGACGGAAGAAGUAAGAGUCAACAGUGACGUUCAAAAAUUGCAAAAUGGCGGAACUUUGGCAACGACAACUAAGACGACUAUAAAGAAAGUAGGAAAGUCAGCCAAAAAUGCUAAUGCUACAACGACUGUAGUCCGAACGAACACGACGACCACGUCUCGUGAUAUUGGUGUUAAA